AUGACUGAUGAAAUUGUCAAGUCGGAUAAUGCCGAAGAUGGCGAUAAGGUAGCCAAAGAUACAAAGGUCGAUACCGAAACGAAGGAAACGAAAGAAACAAAACCGAGAACUGUAUCAUUUAAUAGGGACGUACAUGUGAAAAGAUUCGAUAAACCGCGCGCAACGCGUACCACAUCAUCUGACCAACCCAAGUCCAUCAGAAAAGAACCAUUCACACAUUUAUCAGAAAAGGAACUCAUUGAAGAAGCUAACAAAGUACGCGCCCAGGCUGAAGGCAUCACUUGUACUUCUGAUCAUCCACCUGAGAAGUUCUUCUCUUUACCACAUAGAAGAAAAAAGGACAAUAAGAUCGGAAGAAGGAACAGCGACGAAGGUGCCCCUGAGAAAACUCCUCUAGGACGAUCCACCAGUGAUGUAAGCAACAAAAGGAGAAAAGAACGAACUUCACUAUCUACGCUGUUCAGAAGAGCACAAAGUGGUAAAGGUUCUGAUGUACCAGUUGUUGUUGCCACAAAACCUGUUGCAAUUGUCCAGAGAAGUAAAAGUGACGUGUCCGAUCUAAAGUCUAACACAACACUAACCACGCAGAACAAACCAAUUCGUAAAAGAUCGGGCAGCGAAACUGAGGAGUUCCUUAAGUCAUUAAGAAAUAAGAAGUCACAGUUAUCACCCAUCAUAGAAAGUUCACCCAGAGAAGAUUACUUCAAGAAAACGUCUCCCCUUGACCUGUACCAGAAACAAAAUUCUGCUCAAAAAGAAAAUAAUUCUGAGAAGGAGAAAACAGAAAACAAAAAGGUUAAUCCUGUUGAAAAGCCUCCUAGGUACAAAGCUCCUGAAAAACCUGAACCAAAAGCACCCUCUAGAGCUAAAAAGGGUAAAUCACAAGAGAAGGAGAAAGAGAAAUCACCACAAAUCAGUGCCACACCUAAACGAAAAACUGAUGUGAAAAAGACAAUUCUUGUGGAUGAAAUUGACUCGACCAAAAGUAAAGACACAAAUUCUGCUGAUGUUAAAGACAGAAUCAAAGAUAGUAUAAGGAAAAUUGAAGAAAACGUUUAUGGUGAUAAAGAAAUGAUACAUAGCAGUCAGCAACCGCCGGACAAACCGCCUUUGACUCGAGGGCAUACUGUAGAUCACUUGGUGAGAAUUUUAAAGGAAGACCAAUCGUCACCGCCACCUAAAUCUCAUUUGAUUGCACCUCCCAACGGAACUAACGUAAAUCAACCAUUUUCUUACAUCAAACCAAGUAUCAGCCCUGAUCCUAAUCUUUUUGUGAGGAACACUAGUCCUGAUAGAGUACCGUCACCAGUCAACAAGAUGGAUAAGGGGGUGGUGUAUGCUCACGUGGUGAGAGAUCACGACACACACAUCAACAGAUUAAACAAACAAACAGUACAUAAAACUUAUUCUCCGUCCAAAGAAAAGUAUGGAAACUUCUCCGAUGAAGAUGAAGGUUUGGGCUAUGAGGACAGACACAAGUUUGCUAAAACUCAAAUGUAUGACUAUGAUUACAAAAACAAGGAAAACGACAACUUCACUAACUUUGAACCGACCUACAAUAUCACUGAUUCACCCAUAAGGCCCAGGUUUAGGGAAUACAAGCUGACCAGCUUUGAAGACUUUGAACCAACUUAUGCCAAUGAAUAUUCGCCAAAAGAUAAGUCUCCUGAUCUAAGUAAUCAAUAUAGAGGAAGGGGAGACGGUAUGGAUACUAAAAAGAAACAAUAUGAGACAGAACCAACAAAGAUUGAUUUAGAUUUCAAUGAACUGAGCCAUAGACGUCAGCUUUUGGAAUCAAGAUUAAAUGCUCGAAGACUUGAUAGAGAGCGAAAUAUUGAGGAACCCAUAUCGAGGUAUUUACCUGAAGAUCCGAUAUAUGAAGCUGAAAAACGUAUGCAAGCCACUGAGCGAUACGUAAACGAAACAGUUCGUUACUAUCGGAAUACAUUAGAAAGGGAUGGUUUCGCUGAAAGCAGUGUUACUGAAGAUUACAGUAAAUAUGAUUCGGACAAUAAUAAAGUCAAAUACAAUACAGAAAGUAGAACCUUCCAAAAAGUUCCUAAAGGAGAACUUGAUAGGCGUGAGUUCAUUGAUAAGUUGGAGCCUAGAUACAAGAGUUCUAAAAAAGAUUUCCCUCCAGAGCCUGAGUAUGAGCCUCCAAGCUUGGAUUCAAACACUGGCAAACCCUUACUCAGCCCUGAUGAAUAUAAAGAGAAAAAAUAUAAAGCUAAAAAGCAACUUACUUCUAGUCAUGAUGUACUUCAAAGUGGACAAAAAUAUAAAGGCAAAGAAUAUUUCGGUAAGAGAAAAGGACAUUACUCCUCCAAUCCUGAGAUUGCUCAAGAACGUGAAGAGGAUUAUGCGAAUCUCCCAAAAUAUGCCGAUUCAUACCAUUCACUGCGUCGAGUGAAGAACAAAGACAGAUACAAGGAAGAGUUUGGCAUGACACGACAUGAUUCUGGUGACAGUAGAGAGUACUACCGAGACGACAGAUCACCUCGUCGCUUCGAUAUUGAUAACAGACUAGUUGAUUCUGGAAUUGAAAAUGACUUUAGGAAAGACUCAAGCGGAGAAAUACAUAGAACGAGACACAGGAGACAUGAGAGUGACGAUGACGUUAGGGACACCUCAUUAUUUUUGGCUAGUGAACGACAGCAUACAGAAGAUAACUAUCCAGCUGAGCAAAUAUAUGCUAACGGAGAGUAUUUGGCAAGGUUCAAGGAUUAUAGGGAUGACGGAUAUAGGAAGGACUACACGAGGCGAGAUAGAAGUGCUGAUGAAGGGUCACACUUUGAGCCAAAACAUGAAAGAUACGAGAAAAGUCCUAGUAGACUUGAUGAUAAAGUCAGUGCGAAACCGCCUAAGGCAAAAAAACUAACUGGACUUGAAAAGAUGAAACAGCUGUUCUCUCGCGACUCUUCUAAGAAGAGCAAGAAAGAGAAGGAAGUAGUCCAGCCAAAGACUCGCACACGGGUGCUCAAGAGCCCUGAACAUCUUGCCAGAGACGACUCCGAAUACAGAAGGUACACCGACCCAGAACCAAGUGAUAUCAUAGUGAAGAAAAUCGACUAUGAAUGCAAGGCAGACGAGCGAAGGUACAGAAACUCCAGGGAAGAUCUGGACAGGCAAAGGAGCUCCAGGGAAGAACUGGACAGGCACAGAAGCUCCAGGGAAGAUCUGAACAGGUACAGGAGCUCAGACCCUCGAGACAGCGACCCUGAGAGGAAAUAUAGAGAAGAUUAUGAUGGAAGAUACGACAAGACCCUAAAAGAAGAAAGAAGAUACAAAGAACGUAAAGAGGAAAAGAGACGGUACCAUUCGUCGGAUAGAGAGAGUGACAGGCAGUCGAGACCUUCUGACGGAGAGAGUGAUUUGAGGAAGUCGAGAUCCAGACCUUUGGACUCACCCGCUUUGGCUGAACGUUACCGCGAGAGACGCAGGCUGGCCACGCCGAGCCCGACUCCAUCCCCGCCACGACGGCAGGCCGCCCCCACACCACCCGCGGGCAACUGGUUCAAGUCUCUCGAUCGUCUUACCAGGAAGAAGAAGAAUACUAAGAUCGAGAAAGAAAGUAUAAUAACAACAGAAGAUGAGGCACCACGGAAAACGUAUCCCAAACCCGCCAAACCUUUGACAUCACCUGCAAAGAACCUUCGCUUUUUCGGAGACACAGAUCCGGAUUCAGACGCCAAUGUCAAACCUUCAACAGAAACGAAACGAUACACUCAUACAAAACACGGUACACUGAGAAAAACCAUCUCAAAUUCCAGUACAGGUCUAGAUGAAGUAGAUCAUGGUGAAUUAACAAGUAAAAGUUACUCUCUUUCGAACCUACAUAGAGACGAAAAAAGGGAAUCACCAAACGGCAAACACUACAAACGAAAUCUGCAGAACAUAUCCGAAAUACAGAGUAAUUCGGAAACAGAGAGCCAAUUUGAUAGGAAGGUGAAUGCGAAGCCGCCAAUCAGUCCGUAUGAAAGGUCCAGGAGUCAUAGCAGUUCGAAGACUUUGAAGGGAUCUAAAGGAGAUGUAAGGCGGAGACAUGAUGAUAGAGGCAGCUCGUCGGAAUUGAGAGGCAGUAAGCAGGAACUUAGCAGGGAUAUUAAACACCGCCGCAGGACACCAGUUACUAACUCUGGUGAGAGCAGCACUGAAGGCGAUUCCAGCCACCAAUCACAACGCAGUGUCGUUUACUUGCAUGCUACUACUGUUGGUGACAUACCAGACCCCGGUCGCAUGACACGCAACCGCUCCCGUGAUGACGUCUCCUCAGUCAACUCCUCCAACCUCCAAGUACGGACCACAUCAAAGAGCUUCUCAAUAUUCGCGCCCUGGACACCUAAACAUUACAACGACCAACACGACGUCCACUACGCACAGCGACCUCGCAAAUCAAAGCCCAAAGAAAUUGUGAAGAAGGCAUCCUCAACGAAAACGCUGACAGAAGACAGGCCAGCGACGUUACAAAAAAAUAAAUCAUACAGCCAAACCACAUUGAUUAGGCGACCACAGAACAGUCGGUUAACAAGCUCUAGCUCAACACUAUACAAAAAAUCUGAUAAAAGAAUCAAAGAAACAAACACCACACCACGGAAAUCAGUAGCAAGAGAUGGCAAAAAAUCCCAAUCAAGCGAACUAUUAAACCGGGAAAGCGACAGGGAAAGGGUAUCCCGAUCAAUAUCUAUGCCUAAAGAUAAUAACAAAAAGGCUGGAUGGUUCAGGUUGUCAAGUAAAAAUAAAAAGCCAGAAAUCAAUACUAGAGUUCGUUAA